UAUAGAGCAUAAAGACAUUCAUUGACUGCAUACAGCACCACCACCCACCAUCCACCACCAUCAGAACGAAUUUUACAAGCAUGAAACUUACCUAAUACAUUUUACGUUUAUAAAAAAUCCUUAAAAACUUUUAUUCAGCUUACGGAGGAAAUACCAAAAUUUAGAAGCAUGACACGUGAAAAAGUUCUUUAUGUUCGUACGUCUACAUCGAUCGGUGGCACAAUUUGCUGCCGGACCGCGCCCUUUGGCGAGUAAAUUGCGGACGGACUUUGGAUUAAAGUGGGAUUACUCUUGCUUGACGAGUGACAGUGUGUCGCUGUCAGAACAAUCAUUGUGCCACAAUAACCUACCCAUCCAAUAUGUAACCUAGCGUUGGCCAAGCUUUUUAACCGUUUAACACGCAAUAGCCAAGAGAGUGAAUUCAAGCGGAAGCGGAAGCCUUCUUGACGCUCAAUUGUCCCAAUGAUUCUGGUCUGGAAAAAAAUACAAAAAUAUGGUCAUAAGUUAUGUUGAAUGAAGGGUUAAGGGUCCCCGGUCUAGAGUUGUGCUGAUCUCGAGAUCGAUCCCUGUUUUGUAUGUAUCUUAACCGAGAAUAUUUACCAUAGUAAAUUACUGAAUCAGCAUUAACUUUGAGAACCUUAAAUUCAAACAAAACAUUUCCACUAAUGAGUAACAUGAAACCAAUGUUUAGAAGCGAAAGCAUUCAUUUCUUAAACAAAGGCUCUGUCUACAAAUUUUUAAUCACGUUUGUGCCGCACGCUCAAAUUCCCCCUCAAGACGCAUUAUACGCGUAUCAAAAUAAUACCACAAUCAGAACAAACUCUGCCAUUCAAUUAUAUCCCGCCUAAUUCCGCCCGAAACUCUGCGUAUAAUGUUGUAGCAAAGUUGUCUUUUGUAGGGUCACAGAUGUGCGCAUUAUCUCUACAUGUUUCAAGUUAAAUGUGAAGGCAUUUACACGAGUGUGGGGCGAAGAGGGAUGUACUUUUAUUCAGAAAGAGUAAUUAUUGUGAAAUCGAGAGGACUGCUGUUAGGAAUUAUUUAUUGCUUACUCGACGCGAGUGGCUCGAAAAGUGAAAUCUUGACCGUUGCGAGACUUUUAAGGCCCGAAGGUUAAAUAAACUUUGCUACCGAAUGAAAUACGAAAUUUUUGACCACAGGCGAAGAAAAUACUAAUUGUAAAAUAUUAUAAAUCAAAUCCAAAAGAACGCUAUUAAAUAUUUAUCAUUAAAAAUCAUCACUUAAAAAGUCAAAUCCACCAUCCUACAUUAGAAAACAACUCAAAAUUUACAUCAAAUUACUUGGCCACUCUUGUGGAUAAAAUGCCAUUUUCUCAUUAGUUUUUAAAGAACAAAGAUUUACGAGCUGGUUAAAAUUCUACUAUUAAAACCUUCAAUAAUAAAUGUAGUACUGAGAAAAAAAGUUGCUGGUUUUUUAUCUGGUACUUUAGAUGGCAGCACAAACUGACAGAUUUGAUACUUCAGAAAUGUAAAUUCACAAGUAUUUCAUACGAAAAUACCAAGUACUUUUACUUCAGGCCUCUAGUUAAAUCUUCCAAAUGCCUACACGAGUUCUCCUAAUUGGAAAAGUUCAAGGUGUGCGAUAUGGAACAAUUGAAUUUGCCCUUUCCUUUUACUGAGUUUCUGUUUGUAAGAGUUUUCCUCACAUUGACAGCUUGGGAUCAAAUGGUAGUUACAAAUAGGAACUGACGGUCAAAAAAAAUGUUUAAACGUUUUUUGUCAUUCUGUAUUCAAAUUACAUUACAGUUCUUUGAGACGUAGAGCGUUGCCCUACGUGACGUGAGGGAACUUGAGGCUAAGCGUAUGCUGGACGGUGCGGCGCAAGGACGUUCCAUGAUUUACAAAAUCUGCUCUGUCUUGCGCUUAGCCUGACUCUUGACGCGACCGAGUGCGGUGCGGCGCGGUUUCAACGCGAAGCGGCGCGCAUAAACGUCAUUCAUAGAAAUUAAUAUUAAUGACAUUAUCACACUAAUCAUUACACAUGCCAUCUCGAGCUAGCUUGGUCCGACCAAAUCUAAGUAAAUAGAGAGCGAUAUAUUAUCCAGAACGAGGGAAAGAGUUUACUCUAAACAGGAUUCAUAUUUAAAGAUAUAACGGGCUGAAUAAUGACGUCACUAAGCGAAGGUAAAAGAUAACGCCAACAUGGAUAUAGAUCAUAUAGUACUGGAUAAAGAAGCAAUCAACCGGUUUGAACAGUAUACUUUAGCCAAGCCUUCACUAAAUGGAGGUAUCCCUUUGGACAGAUGCCAAGAUGCCGACUCGAUGGUAUCUAAUAGCAAGAAGAGAGCACAAAGUUCCCGCCAAAAAGUUAUUUGCUGUUUUUGUUUUAAAACCACUAAGUACAGAAGAAAACAAUUCUUAAUAGGAUCACUUACAAAUUUUGUGAUAUUUGCAGUACUAUUAGCAUACAUAUUUUUGGGUUCAUUCAUAUUCUUAGCUAUUGAGGGUGGGGCAGAAAUGCCGGCCAGACCUCGAAUAUUGCCAGAUAGACAAAAAUUAAGUCACAAAGAAAAUAAUGAUACGGAAAAGAAGGAUUCUAACGAGGAAAAUAAUUAUAGUAAUUUGACGGUGUCUGCUAAUUAUUUUUGGGAAGCAAGAAGCAGAGCCGUUGAGAACAUUUGGGAAAUAACUGUGUCUCUUAAUAUUUUGUAUAGAGAGAAUUGGACACGAUUAGCAGCACAAGAGAUUUUAAAGUUUCAAAACGAAUUGGUGCAGCGGGUCACAACAGAAAUGGCGUCUCAAUAUGGCGUCAGUUACAGAGAGAUGGCGUUGGGGGAGUUUGGUGGUAGCGAGCUAGCUAAUCAUUAUGAAGAACACGAAUGGAAUCUGGCAUUGGCGUUUUUCUACUCUCUUACUGUAUUAACGACCAUUGGAUACGGCAACAUCGCUCCACGGACUAUACUGGGCAAGGGCGUCACCGUAAUAUAUGCGUUAAUCGGCAUACCCCUCACACUUGUUUACCUGUCCAAUGUGGGAUCAUUGCUGUCAAAAAUGGCCAGAAGCGUCUUCAGUAGAGCACUUUGCUGCUGUCUUUGCUCUAACUGCGGUUACUGCUGUUACGAUGAAAGAAGAAUGGCUGAAAAGGAAAGAAGAAUGAAACUGAAAAGACAGCAAGAGGAACUCAACAGUCAAAACACGAGCAAAACUCCUACAGAAGAAUGCUACGUCCUAAAAGCUGAUAGUCAAAAGGAUUCUUCUGUAUCAGAAAGACCUACCACUAGUACAGCCAAAGAUGAUGUCAUCAGUUGGCCUGACACUGAUUCUAAACUGUCUAUGCAUGGUUUAAGUAUUCUAGCACCAGUAUUAUUAUGUCUAACGGCGAUUUUCAUUUAUAUAUCUAUUGGGGCUAUAGUACUUUUCAAGUUAGACCAUAUGGGGAUCGUUGACGGAUUUUAUUUCUGUUUUAUGGCUUUGAGUACAAUUGGUUUUGGAAAUAUUUUUCCUGGUAUGAACUAUACCACAAUCCAUGGUGUUAGAUACUAUACAAUAAACACUACUACGUUAUGGUUCUGCUCGGCUUAUACUUUAACCGGUCUUGCUUUGACUGCAAUGUGUUUCGGUGUUAUACAUGAUGAAAUUAUAUACAGGAUAAAGCAUCAGCAAAAACAGUGGUCUCAGAAAAGCAAUACAGUUAAUGAUGAAGUUAAUAUAAAUGAUCCGUUUUACAUGAGCUCCUGACAUAUGUAUAGCAAGGGGAAGUCCGAGAAUUUGUAUAGUAUAAUGGAAGAUAAUUCUGUAGUAGAACGUAAUAGAAUUGAAAUCGACAAUAGGGAAGUAGUUCUUAGUGUAGAUGAUAUACCAGCGGCUGCAGCUAUGGAUAAUAAUGUGGACUUACCGCCACCACCUCCUGAAGAGGAAAUCAUAGCUAUUGUCACUAAAAAAGAACCUAAAGGUGGUUUUGGUAAUAUGGUAGCUUACAAUGUACUACCAGAAAUGCUGGAUCAUGUGAAUGAUGCAUAAUCGUGAAGAAGUAGGUAUUAUUUUCUCAUCUAAUUAAUAUUUAUAUUAUUGAUUUAAAACUUUUAAUAGAUGGCUACUUUAGUUGUUACGUUAUUAUCAAUUAUCUCGAUGUGUAAAUAAAGUGUAAAGAUAUUAAAUUGUCAAUAGCAAGUUUUAAUUUUUUGGUUAUUAAGCUAAAUAAAUAAUAAGUUAGGUAUAAGAUGUAAAUAGUGUACAUAUUGUAAUUAAUGAUUGUAGUUAAACGAUGUGUAACAUCUUUUAUCUCUAAACCCUUGUCAAAUAUAUUACAAUAUCAAACUAUAUCUGUAUCAAUUUUCAUGUGAAUAAUUCUUUGUAAAAACAAUGAUUUAAUAAAAAAAAUUAAACACACGUGUUAUAUUCAUUGCAUGGUGUAUUUUAAUCUUUCAGUUAUAUAUCAAAACAGACGUAUGUAUUUCUACACCUAAAAAGUGAUGAUGUGUCCAAAGAGUACAUCGUGGACAUCGUGGUAAAUAAAAAAGUUAUACAGAGCAAAUAAAAGGUGAGACGAAGAAUUAUACCACAAGGCGUUUCCAGUGCUCAAUACAAAUGCCCUACUUUACCUUAAUCCUAAAGUAACCCU